AUCAUAUUUCUCAAUUACUUCAACUUUACAAAAUGCCCGUCUGGUUCAUCAAACACAGCCCCAACAUCCUCUCGGCCUCAGAGAAACAGUCUCUCGCCAAAUCCAUCACCGAGCUGUAUGUCUCCGUCGGCCUCCCUCCCUUCUACGUCCAAGUCCACUUCAUCCAAGACGAGCCCAACUCGGCCUUUAUUGGCGGUGAAGUCCACCCCAACUUUGCCGCCCUGACCAUCUACCACAUCGCACGAGCCUUCCGCACCGACGACCAGAAACAGCGAUUCCUGAGUCGCAUCGAUGCAAUCAUAAACCCAGUCUUCGAGCCCAAGGGGAUGGAUUGGGAAUAUUUCAUCACCGAAUCCCCACGCGAUCUGUGGAAAAUAAAUGGAAUGGUGCCCCCGGAAGCCGGGUCAGCGGGAGAGAAGGAGUGGUUGAGGUUGAACAAAGCUGUGAAACUCUAGUCUUUAAGCAUAUUAUAUGGGCUUCUUGUUUAUUAGUGAUUGAUAUUUCAAAUUCAAUUAGCGACAAUUGUGGUCGAGUUACACCGUUUAGCGGCUUAAAAUAUCGAGCUGCAUAUCUGCUGCAUAUCAGUCUGCACGGAUGAACUGGCCUUAAGUGAGGCGAUCCCCGUCCAUCCAGAACAUGCCCUGAAUGUGUUGUUAGAUUGCUGUCAACAGCUGACAAGUCAUUAUGAAA